UCUAACAAAAGCUUUUACCAAAACACACACCAACCAUUUUUAUAACAAAAAAACCAAAAUAUUUUUCAUAAACAACUCUUUUUUCCUUUUUUUCCAUUUAAAGCGCCACUUGUGCGUGUUGGGUAAAUUAUACGAGACAUACAAGUGGGUUCUUUUCUACAAAUAUAGGCAGGUAUGGAUGUCAGCCAUUACUAUCCUUUUAAAUUCAAUAAUUCUCUUUCUAUUUCGCCGCUUUUUUGAAGGCAUGAGAUGAGCCAUUUAUUGCCUUAGCUUUACUAUACUUGGCUUCUUAGAAAAGGGAAAAAAGUGACAGAAAGAAGAAAGAACGCGUUGUUAUCCACGGUUAAACACUCACUCUAUUUUUACCUAAGCAAUCCCUCUUCUAAGAGAAUCCAAAAAAUUGGUUAUUUUUUAGUUAAUCAGCAGACUUGUAAAAUUUUUAGCAGAAAAAUUGGCUGUCUAGCCCAAAAUUGGCUAACUCUCUAAAAUUUUAUUUUUGGCUGUUUUGGGGGGUGAUUAACGCGAAUAUAUUUUUCUUCCUCCUUCCUUCAUUUUAUUUAUUAAAAAAAUUUUUUUUCAGACUUGAGUUGUAAUUUGACUUUUUUUGUAUAAAUUAAUUUUAAAAAAUGAGAGGAGAUAUUUCUAAAGCUGACAGCAUUCCUGCUGAUGCUCAAGCUGAAGCUGUCUCUGUUGAAAAACAACAAGAGCUGUUGUUGAUGAAUAAACUUGCUUCGAGUGGUAAGCUUCCUCCAAAGUCUGCUGGUUCGUUCCUUCAAAAACGGUUGCAGCAACGUAAAUUUUUUGACUCCGGUGAUUACAAUAUGAACAAAGACAAAAAGACGACAACGGCUGUAGUUGGACAGCAACAGCCUGUGCCCGCUACCGUUGUUUCUCAGGCACCGCCAAUAUCUGUGGCAGCGGCCCCAAAAUUAGCAGCAACAAUCGAGGAGAAUUUGCCAAAGCAUCACCAACAAGAUGAAUUGAUGCCGACUAUUCGUCCGCCUGCUGGGUCUUUUUCUGGAUGUUCAAUGGAUGCUGGAGAUGAAGAUACUGAUGAGCAUUUACAGAUUCCACGUCCAGACACUGUUCCGCAACGUAAAUCUUCUAUUCUGCAUCCAUCAGCUCAUAGCAAGUUAAGUCCUCAACCACAUAUUCAUCAUGAACAUACGGACGAAUCGCUUUCUAUGCCGCCACAAUAA